AUGGCAGAACCCAUAGGUGCGACUUCCGGACUGCUGGCUUUGGCUACCUUCGCCUUCCAGUCUUGCAUCACACUUUACAACACGGUCCGGAGCUUUCAAUCUCAUCUCAAACGCGUACGCGAUCUCAUAGAGGAACUGGAGGCUUUGAGCGGGGUUCUAGGCUCGCUCGCCGAGACAAUCGGUGCCAAUGCUGAUGUCGAGCUCGCUGCGCUCGACCUUCCCUUACAACGAUGCGGCAAUGCCUGCAAAGAGUUUGAGCAGGAAAUUUUGAAAUGUUCGUCGCGGUCCAAUGACAAUCGGACGAGCUUUCGAGACUGGGCCAAAUUAAGGUAUAUGGGCGAGGACAUCGAUAGCUUCAGACGACUACUGUCCGGAUACAAGUUGACCAUCAAUAUUGCUCUCACCGACGCAAGCCUUCGCAAAUCCUCCGUCAAUGCCGAAAACCUCGAAAGUUACAAAGAACUUAUCAAGACGGCCUCUGCUGAACUCGAGGCUCAUCUUGAAAAUAUCGACGCAAAGCUCGAGACUAUAUUUGAGCAAACCGUGACCGAGUCUGAUUCAGAUGCGGCAGAACGGCGACGCAUAAAGGAGGAGCAGUUAAGCACGCAAAGAUGUCUCCAAAUCUGCGCCCAGUUGUCCGACCACAUUAGUCAGAUUCAGCUCAUGCCCAAGAGCCAUGGCAGCUCUCCCGAACUAACUGAUCCAAAUGACUUCCCCGAACUAGUCACCAAUGGGGGUUUGCAGGAAUGCAAGAACCACCUUAAUCUUACGGCGGGAAAGCUGGAAAGGCAUAUGCAAGAUCUAAUGGACCGAUUGGUGGCCAAAUCUAAGACAGUGAUGACGUCUGAGGACGACGUUGCCGAUCUUGCAAGGCUGCGGGAGGAGUGGGAGACGACCCGCCAGUGCAUGGAUAUCUGCUCCAAGGCAGAUAGCCAUUUAAAGGAAAGCAUCAGCAUCAUUGACAACUACGCUACGGGCGAUGCCGUACAAUUUAUGAUUUCAACCGACGGGAAUAUUAUUCAUGGUAAAAAUCGAGGAUUGGGGUGGAGAACGAGGCAGGUCGGAGGCCACCUCAGUGAUGUCUCGCUCCAACAAUUAUCACGGGAUAUGACAAGCGUUAGCAUCCGGAAUCCCGGAAAUGAGGGCGGCCCGCCUUCGCGAGGCGAUACGCCAUCUGUUCCAAACGAUGGAGUGGAGAACGGCCCCAUUUCAGACUUUCGGGAACGGUAUGGGCGAGGCUUCAAGCUCACGUCGAAGUCUAUUCCGGACGUAACUGCAUCUUCUACGAAGUCAGCGGAGAGCUUGAGUCAGAAAACGCCGAAUCCAUCGUGA